AUGAAGGGAGCGGCGGGCAAGGACGGGGCAGUCCCGGCCGCCGCUCACGCGGCCGCGGAGCGCAGCGCGCACCUCUGCCCGCACCGGCGGCAGCGUCCGCCGCGCCUCCGACUACCGCCGCCGCCGCCGCCUCCGCCGCCGCCGCCUGACCAUUUGUGCCGGCCCCUCGAGCCCGCGCCCCUCGCCUCGCCGCGCCGCGCUCCCUCCGACCGGUUUCCAGGCGCCCCGCAGUCUGCCUUCACCGGAGGGAGGAGCCUUGAAACCGACGCCGAACUUUCCUGCAUGAAGCAAAACAGAGAACCAGGACUGCGGGAUUUAGAAAUAUCCCUGCCACGAAGACCUGCAACACAGGACAAUGGGAAUAUCAAGAGCAACUGCUAGGCACACUGAAGCCCUGCUUCCUGGGAAGUGUCUGGACACCGAUGGGAAGUAUCGAAUAAAUCUUUUGUUUUCCUGUG